ACACACACACACACACACACACACACACACACACACACACACACACCUACCUUUUAGAGACGUGCAAGGAGAAGACAGAAGCUAAAUUCACAGUGAAAUUAAAGCUGUGUGUGGUAGGUGAACCAGCAUUCUCUGGGCCAGGACUGUGCGGGAGGGGAGGAGUUCUGGUGAGGAAAGAUGUCAUGGUGUGGAGUGAGUUAUGGGGAGAAGGCAGAAGCUCCUGAGGAGCAAGAGGAAUACACAACCCCCAGCAACUACGCACUGGAGAAACAGCUCUCACAUGGCAGUGUGACAUACACACGUGUCAACGAGGUGUGGCCCAACAUCUUCAUAGGAGAUGACAGAGAGACGGCACGGAACUGUUACAGGCUACAGAAGAUAGGUGUGACGCAUGUCCUGAACGCUGCGGAGGGCCAGAGAAACAGUGUGUGCACAGGAGCAGGCUACUACAGACACAUCAGUGUGGAAUACUAUGGGAUUGAGGCCGAGGACACACCCUCAUUCAACCUCAGCCAGCACUUCUUUCCUGUAGCUGAAUACAUGCAUCAGGUUCUCAGCAACCCAUCCAACAAGCUGCUGGUGCACUGCGUGAUGGGGCGCAGUCGCUCCGCCUCACUGGUCCUGGCCUACCUCAUGAUCCACGAGAAGAUGACGCUGGUGGAGGCCAUUGAGCAGGUGAAGUGCCGCCGAAGGAUCCUCCCCAACUGGGGUUUCCUGAAGCAGCUAAGGGAACUGGACUCCUUCCUGGUGGAGCAGAGAAAGCAGCCCACUCAGGAGAUUCCUAAUGCUGGGAGUACUGGCACUACGGACCCUACUGAGAUGCUGUGAGCGAAAACAGGAGGAGAGCAGCACAUAGAGAGACACGUGUUUUGAGCUGGGUUCAGCUUCACUGGAAAGAGUUCUAGUAAGUGAGCUGGGAGUAAAGGAACAGGAACUGCUCUUCAGUAAUGCAGCUAUGAAGUAUUAUCCACACUUGGUUUGCUUGCACACACUAAUACCCAUCAUACCCCUUAAACAGUGAAGGCCUCUGUGGGAGGAGUCAGCCGCACAGAAAUACAGAGCAGUGUCACAGACCCAAAGUUUACUUGCUCUUAUAUACAUGCUUCAGAUCAUUGAUUAAUUAUGCAGUCACUGAGGUGUGCUAGAGUGGAAAACCAACAGGCAUGUGCAGCACAAGGGUUGUACAGGGCUGGAACUGACAACUGACAGGUUACAGGAAGAACAUUUGGACCUGCUGUGCUAGCGCUGACAUGGGACCGUUCUUUAUCCAUAUAAUGAUCUAAAAUAUUUUGUUUACUGUUACACAUAUUAGAUUAAUUAUUGGGAUGUUGAUUAGAUAGCAUUAA